AUGCCCGGGGCUCGCUACUGUCCCCGAGGAGUGGGACUUGAGCCAGCUCUUGGAGAAGCGGUCUCCGGCGGACGGUGCCAUUGUUAUAAAAACGGCUACAUGAGAGUGUUGGAUAAAGAAUAUAGAGACACGGAUGAAGUGCCAGACAGGAUCUGA